ACCACGUGAUAAAAUUAUAAUAUAUUAAUUAUUUUUAAUUUUAUUUGCAAAUUUCUCAAAAUGGGUAAAUCUUCUAAAGAUAAACGCGAUAUUUACUAUCGAUUAGCUAAAGAACAAGGAUGGCGAGCUCGUAGUGCAUUCAAAUUGAUGCAAAUUGAUGAGCAAUUUAAUAUUUUUGAUGGUGUUACGCGUGUGGUUGAUUUAUGUGCAGCACCUGGAAGUUGGAGUCAAGUUUUAAGCAAAACUCUUUACUCAAAUAAGUCUGAAAGUGAAAAAAAAGACGUAAAAAUCGUUGCUGUGGAUUUGCAAUCAAUGGCACCUCUUCCUGGUGUGAUUCAGUUGAAAGGUGACAUUACCAAAGAAAGUACAGCCAGUGAAAUUUUGUCACAAUUUGGUGAUGAACUUGUAGAAUUGGUAGUAUUCGAUGGAGCUCCAGAUGUGACAGGCCUUCAUGAUCUCGAUGAAUAUAUUCAAGCACAGUUGUUGUUAGCUGCUUUGAAUAUAACUACAUAUUUACUGAAACCUCAAGGAACCUUUGUUGGUAAAAUAUUUCGUGGUAAAGAUGUCUCUAUUUUAAUAGCUCAAUUAGAAAUAUUUUUUGAAGAUGUAACCAUUGCUAAACCUUGUAGUUCUCGUAAUUCAAGUAUUGAAUCUUUUGUAGUAUGUAGUAAAUUUCAAUUACCAGAGGGAUACAAACCAACAAUGGCAAAUCCCCUCAUGACCAAUGACUCUAGAACAUGGAGUGAAAUGGAUGUUCAUCCAGUUAUAACUCCUUUUAUAGCAUGUGGUAGUUUAAGUGGCUUUGAUGCUGACAAAACUUAUGAUCUAGAAUUAGAUGGUUUGGAAUAUAUUCAGAGAGACCCAGUUCAAGGUCCAAUUUCACCUCCAUAUGAGAAAUCAAAACCAUUAAUUACUACCAAAGGUAAAAGUAUAUUACAAUCAGAAGAAACUGAGACAGCGAAUUCUAUGGAACAACUUAAUUUAAAUUAAAGAGGUACCUAGAUCUAUAUUGAGUUUUAUUUCUUAAUAUUCUGUAUAUAUUAGAAUAUUUAAUAUAUAACUAUUUCUAAAUACUGUA